AUGGAUACUGAAUUCCCAGGGGUUGUUGCCACUCCGCUCGGCACUUUUAAAAGCAAGGAAGACUUUAAUUAUCAACAAGUAUCCUGCAAUGUCAACAUGCUCAAAUUGAUUCAAGUGGGAUUUGCGUUAGUCGAUGAAAAAGGAGAUCUUCCACCAACAGGCGAUGUAUGGCAAUUUAAUUUCCACUUCUCGCUUUCCGAUGAUAUGUACUCACAGGAGAGUGUGGAAAUGCUCAGAGCGGCUGGAAUCGACUUUACUCGUUUGCAGAACGAAGGUAUUUCAAUGGACAUUUUCGGCGAGCUGUUGACAACAUCAGGACUGAUUGUGGAUGACCGGAUUACGUGGCUUACAUUCUCGUCGGGGUACGAUUUCGGAUAUCUCCUCAAGUCAAUAACCCUUGGUGAACUACCAAAGGAGGAAUCGCAAUUUUUCCAAUUCCACCGAGCGCUAUUCCCUCGUUGUUACGACAUUAAAUUGAUGCUACGGAUGCCUGGUUCAUUCAACACCAAACUUAAAGGAGGCUUGCAAGAGGUGGCAGAUCAGUUGGACGUUAAACGGCACGGCAUGCGUCAUCAAGCUGGAUCGGAUGCCCUGCUUACUGCGAAAACGUUCUUCAAAAUAAAGCAACAAUUUUUCAACGAUAAUUGGGACAAGGUGUCACGAUUAGUCCAAGGUCACUUAUUUGGUCUGGGUUCUUCGCUUUCGCUCUCUCAGUCAGCUCACAAGUUAGACGAACUGGACAAGGAAAAAGAAGCCGUAGCUGUCAAUUAA